UACGGAAGCCCUAAGAGGCCAGGCAUUAUUUUUAUUACGACUUAAUUUUCUCGUGAUCUCCACAUAGCAAACAGUUAUUUUCUUUUUCUCUUGACAUAACAAAAAGCUGUUUUCUCACGAUGUAAUUUCAUGACGAAAAAAUCUCGUGCCUUGUGAAUGGGUCUGGUGUUGCAUGCAGGUUGGCAUCUUGGCCAUCACCAUCAUAAAUGUAAUAAUUGCCCACAUUAUUAGGGUCCCCUAAUGUGGAAGUCGUCAAUCACCAGUGUUGGCUCUCUCCGCCAUGCCGAGCUCCGUGUUUUGGGCUGUAGAUGUGUACGGGAAUGUGUACAGCCUGUGUACCGAUAGGGGGCGCUGGCAGCAAUCCAAGGAGAAUCAGCUGGAGCUGAAACGUGUAACCGCUGCAGAUCUGUGCUGCUGGGCCAUCGGCUUUGACCAACAGGUUUACCUGAACGUGCUCCCCGGUGACGUGACCAUACGUCAUCAGGAGGAGACUUAUGAGAACCAGAGAUGGAACCCAGUAGAUGGAUACACAGACACGCUCCUGCCCACAGAUCGCUGGCCAUGGACGGACGAAUUUGGCAUGAAGCCUCAGCCGCUGCACAGCUUCGACCUGCCAUCUGAGAACUGGGAGUGGGAGGGAGACUGGUACGUGGAUGAUGAGAGCUGUGGCAGAGAGUCCACAUCAACUGGGGGCUGGGAAUAUGCUGUGGACUUCCCUACCACCUUCACUAAAGAGAAGAAGUGGAACUCGUGUGUCCGGCGAAGACGAUGGCUUCGUUACAGGAAAUAUAAAGCACUGGGACUAUGGGCCAAGGUGCCUUUAGACAGGGGCCAGCCUCCAGAGCCCUUCACUGAUAUUAGCUGUGGAGGCUGGAACAUGGGGGGUAGAACAGAGAAACCUGUCUCCUUAUGGGCCGUGUCUCAGCAAGGAAAGGUGUGGUUCCGUUCAGGCAUACAUCAGCAGAAUCCAGAGGGGACCGUUUGGGAAAACGUUCCUAUCCCUGAUUCUACAGAGGUGGCCCAGAUAAGCGCCGGUCCAGGAGACCUGCUGUGGGCCGUGCUGUGGGAUGGACAGCUUCUCGCCAGGACGGGCAUCCACAAGCACUGCCCAAAAGGUGCAUCGUGGGUGAUGGUGGAUCCUCCAACUAAUACCAAAGCUGUCCAUGUAGCAGUGGGGGUCGGUGUGGUCUGGGCAAUCACCAAGGACAAGAAAGUGUGGUUCAGAAGAGGCGUGAACCCCCACAAUGCCACUGGCCUUGGCUGGAUCAGUAUUGCUGGGGAGAUGAUGAUGAUCAGUGUGGGACCCAGUGACCAGGUGUGGGGGGUUGGCAGUGAGGACAGGAGACUUUAUUUCCGCCAUGGUGUGACCCCCACUGAGAUCACGGGAAGGGCCUGGGUCCGUGUGUGUGCCCACGUGGACAACAGUCAUACCACCAGCAAACCCAGUGACGUUUCCCUCAUCAGUGCUCAAAUUGCUGCGCCUACCCAGGGUUCCGUGUUGGGCUGUGAUGACGUAGACAACGCUAAUAUUCCCAAAGUCACCAGUGACAGCAUUGUAUCAGCCCUGGUGGCUGAACACGGUGCUCCUUUGCCUGAAGCAGAUCAGGAGAAAGCAGAAGAGGCUGGUGUGCCUCUCCAGAAUUCUGGGCUCGACUGCAGCCAACCAAAAGGCAGCGAACUGCCAUGGAGUAAUGUGGAUCUGGCAGAGAUGAAAGUUCCCUCAGCCAAUGUGGCAGAGAAAUCUGCAGCUGUGUAUCCCAUGGAGCUGGGAGAAACCAUAAAGCAGGAGGAACGGCCGCCAUGGGCAUGGAUCACUGCCGGACAAUGUGAGAUAGAUUCCAACACGAACGUCAGCUGGCUGGAAAUGCCAGAUGCAGGGCCUCUGUCUCCCUUCAUCACUCCUGCUCUUAGCAUGGCAGGUGCCCAGGGCCCACUGGCAGAGAGAACACAGCGAGAGAAAGGCAACACUAUGGAGAGGUCUGUCACUGUGAAAAAAAUGGCGAUGUGCUGGUGGAGGGACUGGCACCCUCAUCAGCUGGAGGAGGUGUGUGUGACCCUGGAGCAGGUCAGGGGUGGUGGAUCUCCCCACGAUGACAUAGUCUACAUUUACUAUACACACAACCAGGAAAGGAAGUAUCUGUAUGCUGUGAUAAGGGACGUCACGGCUCUCGUUCCAGUACACUGGGAAUCCAUGUAUGCUCUUACUAUCUAUACAGCUGAGAGGACAAGGCAGAGAUGGCCUAUUCUACUAUCUACAGAGUCCCAGCAAGACACGGAGAGCUUGCUGUCUCUGUUGAAUGAGUCUUGCUGUGAGUCCAGAUCUCUCCAGGCCCCUCCGUCCAAACAAGUUCUGUGGGCUGUUACCACCAAAGGGGAUAUCAUGGUGCACGAGCCUUCACCCUGCCUAGAAGCUCAUGCUCAGUAUUUACCUUGUGAAGAGAUGUUCUGGCGUCAGGUCCCUGGCCACCUGCUUUUGGUGGAGUCUAACAGUCUGGGUGUGGUCUGGGGAAUCGGCUAUGAUCACACCGCCUGGGUCUACACAAGGGGCCAUGGUGAAAACCAAGCUCAAGAUAAUGAAGUGAAUCAGCAAACACUGACUGAUAUCAGGAAUGUUUACAUUUAUGAGAACCAGCGAUGGAACCCUGUCACAGGAUACACAAAUAAGGGUCUACCUACGGACCGUUACAUGUGGAGUGAUGCACUUGGACUGAAGGAGUGCACCAAGGAGAGCACCAAACCCCCCUCCCCAGAGUGGAAAUGGGUGUCAGACUGGGUUAUUGACUAUAGCACUCCAGGAGGGACAGAUAAAGAAGGCUGGCAAUAUGCUGCAGAUUUCCCAGUGACAUUUCAUGGUUAUAAGACCAUGAAGGACUUUGUUAGACGAAGGCGAUGGGUCAGGAAGUGUAAAAUUACUAUAACUGGGCCCUGGCAGAAAGUCCCACCCAUUCCUCUUAUUGAUGUCACCAUCCUGCCAUGUCUGGCCCAGAGCAGUUUGGAGCAGGUGCCUGUGUGGGCCAUCAGUGAGAAAGGAGAUGUCUUGUGCCGGCUGGGAGUCACUGCAGAGAACCCAGCUGGCAGCUCGUGGCUCCAUGUGGGGACAGAUCAGCCCUUUAAGUCCAUAUGUAUUGGAGGAGGACACCAGGUGUGGGCAGUCGCCCGGGAUGGAGCAGUCUUCUACCGCGGCUCAGUUUCAGCCCAAAACCCUGCAGGCGAGUGCUGGUACUACAUCCCCUCUCCCAACAGACAGACUCUCAGACAGGUGUCUGUGGGCAGGACCUCUGUAUAUGCUGUUGAUGAAACCAGCAAUCUAUGGUAUAGGCAGGGUCUGACCCCUAGUUAUCCUCAGGGUUCUGCAUGGGAGCUCAUUGGUGGUAAUGUGUGCAAAGUCUCAAUUGGACCACUGGACCAGGUUUGGAUAAUCGCUGAUAAGGUUCCAGGUCAUCCAGCAGAGAAAUCUGGCACUGUGUGCCACAGGCUGGGAGUGCAGCCCAUGCAGCCUAAAGGCUUAUCGUGGGACUUUGGAAUUGGCGGCGGAUGGGAACAUCUGUCAGUAAGAGGAAACUCCACCGAGGCCCAGCGUGUCAUCCCUCCUAGCCCUCAGACCAGCAGGAGCCAGGAACAGGUGAAUGGCAAUGCUGAAGGCUGUUAGACUACUCAUUAGCCCUCACCAUUACCACUUCCCACAGUGCUCACUCACGUGCACUCUCUCUCUCUCUGAAGCAUCUACUGUUUUUGUGUUUUAGGUGUCUGUGUGUGUCAAAUUAAACAAGGCUUCUCAUGAUUUUUAAAACAUUUAUUUUCUCACUCGUUUUCAGUAACCAUUUUGCCCUGGUCAGGGUUGUGUGUCUAUCCUGGGAAUACUGGGCAUGUGGCAGGAAAACACUGGGUGGGACAACAGUCCGUCAUAGGGCACCAUGCACACGCACAUUCACACCUAGGGGCAAUUAUCUUCCUACUGGCACAUUUUGGGAGGUAGGAGGAAACCAAAGGACCUGGAGGAAACUCAAUAGACAGUAACUCGAACUUUAGAUCAAACUGAUGACCCUGGAGCAGUGAGGCGGUGACGAUACCCAAUGCACCACAGCACAGCCAGUAUUGAUUUUGGUUUUACUUAAACUAUGGCUACUUUUAAUCCUUCAUGUGAUUAUUGUCUUUUUAAAGCGUGUUAUGUCAUUUUAUACAACUACAAAAGGUUCCCAGUUAUAAUAUUAAUACUGUCAGUGAAACUAAUCAUGUCUCCCUUUUGAACACUGUAUCAAACUCAUUUCUUGAAUCACUGACUGGGUAUGAAAAGUAAUAAUAUUCAUUAAGUGUGUAUGAUGCUUGUUCCCCCCCCAAAUAAAUAAAUAAACAAACUUUGAAACAUUUCUCUUGAACCCAGAAGCAUUUACCAGUACAGUACCAGUAUACUGUAAAACUGACAAUAUAAUACGUUCAUGAAGUCAAGGUCAUUUU